CAGCUUGUUUGGCGUGUUGGCGCUGCAUUUCGCGUGUUUCCCUUCUCUGGAUUGGUUUUGAUUUACAGAGCGGAUGAAGAAAUGGUUGCUGCAUGCUUGCACGCAAAGCAAGUUAAGAAACAAAACAGUCGCCCAAUUUGAACGAGACCCGAAAGUGGAAUUACCCUGAUUUGACAGCAAUUUUAAGUACAUUUAUUAUCAAAGUCGGAACUAAACUUGAAAAACUCUACUAAAUUGGAAAUGUCAAUGAUUACCGUAGAAGAACGAUAAAGGGAAAACUAGUAAACUCUAUUGAAUUUCGUGUUUUUGGAAUAACUCCUGCAACUCUAUAAACAAUUUCGUAAAUCAAAAUGUCCGAACCAAACGGUUUAAGUCGAGCAUUCGUGUCGCGUAUCUUGUUUGGAGGAGCGAUUGGGGCCGCGAUCGGAAUAAUGUAUCUCGUUUACAUUCGCCAAAAGAAGAAGGAGGAUGCAUCUUCAGACGCCUCUACUGUAACGUCCUCCUUGGCACGGAAGAAAAAACGAGUUUCCAGCGGAGAAAGAAACCGAGUGACAUUUUCUGAUCAGACAGAAAUAAUUGUGAAAUCUCCAUCGCCCCAACUUACCAAAGAUGACAUGGAAGCCGAGGACUUUAUUCCUUUUAGAGUUAAAAAUGAAGACGCACCACCGGCGCAACCUUCGCCACCGGCACAACCUUCUUCACCUCAAAUUAAUAAGUCGCCAACAAAGACUGAAGUCGAUUCAAUUCCUCCGACACAAAAAUCACCGCCAAGGCCUGCGCAAGACAAGGACGAUUCUGUCAAUAAGGAAGUUUCUAUUAAGCAGGAAGAACCCAUCAAAAGUCCUGUCGUUGAGACCGUGACUUCAGAAGAAAUUAAACCACAAACCUCAUUACCACCAUCUCAAACACUGUCAAACAGUGUCAACCAUGCUGCAAACGGUCACGGUCAAAAUUUAAAACAAGCCAUCACGCCAGAGACGGAUUAUGAUCGGACGGGUAUUACGAGAGAAUUGCAGAUCAGUAGAGACCAUGUUCCUGGGCUGAUUGGCAAGAAGGGGACACAUAUUAGAGCUAUUCAGGCCGAUUCGAAUACCAUCAUUACAUUUAAGGAUGAAUCUCUGGGAAAUGGUGACCGAAUUUGUCUAAUACGUGGCCAGCCUCAAGAUGUUACCGUUGCAGAAUCUCUUAUUGAAAAAUACAUAAUAGAACAGCCCAUCGUCACGUCACAAACAAUGCAUAUCCCACAUUCAUCCGUUGGAAGAAUUAUUGGCAAGGGAGGAGAAAAUAUUCGAUCAAUUCAAGACUUGAGUAGGGCCAAGGUGAAUGUUGAUACCGGCAAUCAGUUUCAUAGCAGAGGUGGACCAGAUGCUGUUCGUAUGGUGCUUGUAACCCUUCGAGGAACGGAAGAACAAAUUGCUAAUGCGAGACAAAUGAUAAUUGAAAAGGUCGAUGAAGAACAGUCAAUGCGGCGAAAAAUUGAUCUGAUGACUCAAAGCCGGGCUCCAAGAAAGUCUGCAGGUGGCGGUUUUCCAACAACUUCCGCUAACCCCUCCGCCGCUGUUAACGGAAAUCAUCAAUCCACAAAACAAAGCGGAGUUUUGGAAGUGUUUGUUUCAUGUGCUUAUCAUCCUAAUGAUUUUUGGAUUCAAGUUAUGGGUCAUGAAUCGAUCGAUUUGGAUAAGCUUACCGAGUCCAUGACGGAGUGGUAUUCACAAUUUCCACCUGAGCCAUUAUUGGGGUUAAGUGCUGGUGAAAUAAUUGCAGCUCCUUUUGACGUGGAUGGAAAAAUGUAUCGAGGAAAGAUUAUUAGUUUGGUAGACGACACGGCUGAAGUUUCCUACGUGGAUUAUGGAGAUCGGCGAGUCAUUCAGCAAUCUGAUAUCAGGCGAAUUCAUCCAGAGUUUUUAAAGUUACGAUUUCAAGCUAUUCAAGCAACUUUAAAUUUAGGUUGUACCACCGGCGAGAGGUGGUCCGAUGAUGCAAUCGUAACUUUUUGUGACCUUACAUUUUGUGCUCAGUGGAAGAGUUUAACUGCAAAGGUUAAAGAUUACUUGAAAGGAUCAAGUGAUGCAAAAGAGACUGUUUUAUGGGUAGAAUUACUGGAUAAGGAUUUGAACAUUGGGAACGAAUUAAUCAAUCGCGGACUAGCAAUGAUAAACGACACACCUCAGUUAACCUAUUCAGAUACGACUCCCAGGAGUGGCAGUAGCGUCGCAUCUAGCAAUGGCAGCAAAAAGUCCUACGCCUCUGUGGCCUCGGUCGAAAGCAAAGUUUCAGAUGAUGGUGCAAAGGAAGGACCUUGGGAUGAUAACGUGAAUGGCAACUAGAAUCUAAACACAUUUAAUUUGUACAUAAAAAGUUAGUUUGUUUCGCGUUUUCUUCAUCGCUGCCAUAUUAAUCAUGGUGUAGGCCGUUUUUGGUUUUAUAGUAAACCAAGCAUUAGAAUAAUAAUAGUGGGAUUUAUUUCUUCACUUUAAGUCAAUCCAUUACAUUUAAAAUAAGAUCAAACGUUAUCUCAUUUUUUUGUAGAAGGAACCAAUACAUCCAACUUGUAAGUGGUGUACGUAGAUAUAGUAGCAAUUUUUUUGUAGAAUUUGGUUUGACUUGUGAUUUACUAGGUUAAGUUAAUCCCAUCGUCGGGCAAAUGUACUUAUGAUAACGUAAAUCUUGUAAAUAUUGAUAUAAUAGUAAUACAGAUAAUUAUGACAAGUGUAUGCGGUGCUGCUUGAAACGUUUCUUAUGCCAGUAGUUACAUAGAUUUCGUUCCUCGACUCUACGUGUGUAGUCUUCGAUAAAUAUUUCGUACAAUUCUAGCUGGGAAUAGCUCAUUUCAACUAUUUGUAAGAAACGCUUGUAAUUUAUCGCGGUACAUGGCCAGCGUCAAUUGAAUGAGGAACCAACCACCACAACAUACAUAAAAUCCUACCGAUCUGAUUGUAUACUACUAUUAAGUUAGAAACAGUUUGUAAUGUUCUCUAACAAAAUCCCAAUACAUAAUUUAGAAUAUUAACACUACAUUAUUAAUAUCAACCCAAAAGUUAGGAGAUCUUGUUCUGAACUGAAAAAUUCUUUAGGUAUCAACCACUACUCAACUAUUGUUCUAUAUCUACGCACACAAAUUCAAUAAUAAUAUUACACAAUGCCUAAAAGCCUUGUACUUCACUCCAUCCUGUGUCAAUCCUUUCAUUGAUAUUCACCAUUUACUAAUUAGAUUGGAUUUUACUAAUAAUUAACUUUAAUUGUAAUGCUUAGGUUAGCUGUACAAUUACGUAGUUGGACAUUUAGCAUCAUGCACACCCGUUAAAAAUUAUUAUGUAUUUAGCUUUAUCUACCUUAACGGGUUGACUUGAAAAUAAACUUUUCGAUAGUGUUUA